UACUGUGUAUCUAUGUCUGUACUUUUCUUCUGCACUGGAAGCUCCUGUCACCACGACAAAUUGCUUUUGUGCAAAAACAUAAUUGGCAAUAAAACUCAUUCUGACACAGAAUUGCAGCACAGAAUGAAAGGUUUGUUUGAGCUGCGCCCUCUACUGUACAGGAGUGAAUUUGCAUAUUCAUUUCACUUUUGGUGUGAGUUGGCCAUGACAUUUAAAUUAGCCAAAAAUAGACCUAUUGGUGUGUUUUUAUUUUUUAUUUAAUUUUUUUAAUUGAAAACAAAAACGCACACCCAGCCCAGGUAAGAAAAUGUAUGCAAAAUAUGCAUUACUUUAACAUAAAAAGUAACUAAGUAACUUUUUUCAAGCAAUUUGUAUCGUAUUACUUUUAAAAUGAACUUCCAGCAACAUUGAUUAUUAGUGUUAUUAUUAUUAUGUUCUGUAAAGUCAAUGACUUCAAAUCCCAGGGUUCUCUCUGAACACAAACGCGACCUCUUCAACAUGACUGAUCACAGACUCGUCUCGCGCUCCGGGUGAAAGGAGAGUUUGUGGAUGAGUUUAGCCGGACUGUCAGCAGGACACAGGUCUGUUACUGUACUGCAAACAACGUUCGGUUUAGUUGCAUUCAGUAAGUAAGUUAGGCGACACGUCCCAGAACACUUCAAACAGGUUUAGUCUGAAGUUAAACCGCUUGUGUAGCUCAUGUUUUGUUUUUCACGCACUGGAAAUAACGGUCACGGUCAUUUUGAAUGUUUCAUAUUAAAACGAGACGAGUUCUAUAACUUGUCGUGCGGUUUUAGAUGUGAAAUCGCAUCUCAGCGCUAGAGCAUUGUAAAUGACCAGUUAAAACGAGUGCACGAGACGCGCGCUCCUAGUGCUCAAAGCCGAUUAAGAUUUAAUCUGUAGAGCAGAAACCCUUCAGCGUGCUCUACUGACACUAGGCUAUAUUUUACAGUUACAGUGCUACUCACUUAAACUAAGCGUUGCUUCAUUUUGUGGAGUUGCUUGUAAAUGUAAGGAUCAGCGUUGAGAGAAAGCAAUGGGGACACGGAAAGUUUUGGUGACCGGAUGUUCCUCUGGAAUUGGUUUGGCGGUGGCUGUCCGUCUCGCAAAAGAUAAGCGCUUCAAAGUUGUGGCCACCAUGAGGGAUCUGGAUAAGAGAGAGGCUCUGGAGAGGGCGGCCGGAGUGACACUGAACAGAUCCCUGGAGAUCCGACAGCUGGAUGCCACCUGUGAGGACUCCAUCAGAGAGUGUGUCAACAGCUUGUCAGAUCGACGAGUGGAUGUGUUAGUGAGUAAUGCCGGUGUGGGCAUGAUCGGGCCUUUGGAGUGCCAGAGUGUAAGUGCUAUGCAGGAACUCUUCAACACGAACUUCUUUGGCCUGGUGAGACUGGUGAAGGAAUUGCUGCCUGAUAUGAAGCGACAUCAGAGUGGACACAUCGUAGUGAUGAGCAGCGUCCUGGGAAUCCAAGGACUACUUUUCAAUGAUAUAUAUGCUGCCUCCAAAUUUGCUGUUGAAGGUUUUUGUGAGAGUCUUGCUGUGCAAGCUAUGAAGUUCAAUGUCAAGAUGACUUUAGUGGAGCCCGGCCCAGUUGUAACUGAGUUUGAGAAGAAAGUGUAUGAGGAGGCAGAGAAGAUGGACCUGUCAGAGGCUGAUGAAGAGACGGCUCAAAUCUUCCGUCAGAUCUACCUGCCAUACUCGCGCGCAGUUUUUCAUUCGAUCGGGCAGACACCGAAAGAGGUGGCAGAGCAAACUUACCAGCUGAUUGUGUCCAAGAAUCCUCCGUUUCGUCAUCAGACCAACCGUCUGUACAAGCCACUGACUGCCAUGAAGCACGCUGACCCCACAGGGCGACUACCCAUCGACGUGUUUUAUAAAAUGAUCUUCCAGCAUGACCGCACGUUCAAUGCUAGUCUGAGUAUUAUGCGCUUCCUACACAGGAGAAUGGGUCAAGGUGUUUCCUAAAGAUCCCUGAGGAGAGAGGAUUCUGGUCCACUUUACAGCUGUUGCAUUUUAGUGAUAUAAAAAAAUGGCCAGUUCUGAUAGGUCUCGGGAAUUUGCUCAAUGCAAAAUCGUAAAAUGCAACAAAAUAUAGUAAGCAUAGCAAUUGAGACUGUGAUUGGUCACCACAUGAUGUCUAUUGUAAAAUCUGGAUCUUGUGUUGUUCUAACUUUAACCUCAAGACAACAGUAAUAAUAAUGAUCAAACACAUAAUGUUUAGUUAGAAAAUGCUGUGUUAUAACAGUUUAAGAGUCACUCUCCUGGUUUCACAGAGAGGUUUAAGCUAAUCCCAGACUAAAAUGCACUUUUGAGCUGUUUUAACUGAAAGCAACUUGCACUGAGAUAUCUUAAAACAUGUCAGUGCCAUUGUUUUGUCUCGAGAUUAACACCAGUAAUGUUUUUUUUUCUCUAAAGCACAUAUAUAAAAGCUACUUAUUAGCUAAUGAAAUAAAAUAUGGAAAACAUUAA